UCAGUAUGCGGUGAAUCGUGGUGUCGAAUCAGCUGUUCGAUCAUAGCGAUAGCAAGGUUUCGAAACGUGAGAUUCAGACAUAACUAAAAAUUGUUAGAAAAGGAGAGGAAAUAUCACAGGAAAAAGGAAAAAGGAAAAAGGAAAAGGGAAAAACAAUUGACAUUAUAAGAAAAAAAUACUUGGAAAAAAUGUUUGAGAAAGACUCCUCCGACUCAUUGUCAGAUGGCAUUUAUACGUCUCGGAAGAAUGGAAACGAUGAAACAGGCGAUGGUUCUGAACGUCAUCCUUUUAAGACAGUUUUAAAAGCAAUGCAUUAUGCUGGAAAAGAACCGUUUCCAUUAAUCUAUCAAGAUUCCCACAGCAACGACGAAAAGUAUGAAGUAGUGUCCAAGUCUCAGUUAAAAAAGGUACAAAAGAUUUGGAUGAGAGAACGAUAUAAGACAGAGGAUAAACAAAAGAAAUUGAUGGAAGAUGAAGAAAAGAGAUUGAAGAACUUGGAAGAGGCCAAAUUGAUCGUAAUCGAACAAGAUGAGACUUUACCAGCUGCGACGUGUAUAAAAAUUAAUAAAUGCGUCGUUUUUCGAGAUCUGCGCGUGAAACUUUUUGGAUGGGUACACAGACUUAGGCGUCAAGGUAAAGCACUCAUGUUUAUUACAUUGAGAGAUGGAACCGGUUUUCUGCAGUGUGUGCUUACCGAUCUUUUAUGUCAAACGUACGAUGCAUUAACGUUGUCCACCGAAGCUUCUAUCGUAGUAUUUGGGACUUUAGAAACUGUGCCCGAAGGAAAAAAUGCACCGAACGGACACGAAUUGCAUGUCGAUUACUGGAAAUUAAUAGGGGCGUCUCCUCCCGGUGGUGCAGAUUCUAUUUUAAACGAAGAAGCUCUUCCCGAUGUUCAGUUGGAUAACAGGCACAUCAUGAUACGCGGUGAAAAUACAUCUCGCAUAUUGAUCAUGAGAUCCAUAUUGAUGCAGGCAUUUAGGGAUCAUUACAAAGAGAGAAAUUACUGCGAAGUAACACCACCGACUUUGGUACAAACACAGGUAGAAGGUGGAUCGACGUUGUUUAAACUAGAUUACUUUGGGGAAGAAGCGUUUCUAACUCAAAGUUCGCAACUUUACCUCGAGACUUGUCUGCCAGCAAUGGGCGACGUAUAUUGUAUCACGCAGUCAUACAGAGCAGAACAAUCUAGGACUCGGAGACAUCUUGCCGAAUAUAUGCAUGUGGAGGCAGAGUGUCCAUUUAUCCGAUUCGAGGAAUUACUCGAUCGUUUGGAAGUUUUGAUAUGCGAUGUUGUUGAUCGUGUUUUAAAAUCGCCUCUUGGCUAUCUCGUCAAAGAACUAAAUCCUAAUUUCCAAAUACCAAAAAGACCGUUCAAGAGGAUGAAUUAUGAGGAUGCGAUCGAAUAUCUCCGAGAUAAUGGUAUAACCAAGGAAGAUGGAACAUUUUAUGAAUUUGGGGAGGAUAUUCCAGAAAUGCCAGAGAGAAAAAUGACCGAUAAAAUAAACGAACCGAUAAUGCUUUGUCGAUUUCCUGCAGAUAUUAAAUCGUUUUACAUGCAACGUUGUGCCGAGGAUAAACGUCUUACAGAAUCCGUAGAUGUGCUUUUGCCGGGUGUUGGAGAGAUAGUUGGCGGUUCGAUGCGUAUUUGGCAUCACGAUGAAUUGAUGGAGGGUUAUUCUCGCGAGAACAUUGACCCAAAACCGUAUUACUGGUAUACGGAUCAACGAAAGUAUGGAACUUGCCCCCACGGUGGGUAUGGAUUGGGUCUCGAGAGGUUUCUCUGUUGGCUUUUAAACAGGUACCAUAUUCGCGAAGUAUGCCUUUAUCCACGCUUCAUGGAACGUUGUCGUCCUUAGGUAUGGAAGUCUAUCAGUUUGAUAGACGCGUCGCGGCGUACAUUUACGAAAGUAAUGCACAAUUCUUGAUACUUUAAUGCAUUUAUAAUCUAAUAUAAUCUAAAUUUAGCAAAUAAAUGUCACGAUUGUGAAAUACAUUCAGAUUACAAUAUUUA